AUGGGAGUAUAUAUACCACCUCCACCACCUUCUGGUAAUGGUACAGGGGAAGCUCCUGAAGAUGAAUCAACAAAGCAACGUCAGAAUAAAACUCCAGUCACUGAACAACAACAAUCAAACACUUAUGCUUCUAAUAUUGCAAAGAUCCCCACCGUCAAUAAGUUACUAACUAUGAUAUUCCCCAAUGUGAAGUUUCCUCAAAAUCCAAGUUUUGGUCUUCGAAUGUGGGGCCCAUUGGUUCCAGCAUCAGAUAAUCAUUUGGCACUUUAUGGACUUGCUACAUUCCAAGCAAUGAUUGGAAUGUAUAUGUUAGGAAGGGCACGAAGACUUCGUAAGGCGAACUUUCUAAGGGCGGGAAUACCAUAUCCUAAAGGUAGACUUAGAGAUAAUUUAAUACUAAUAGGUGUGGGGUCAAUAGCAGUUUUCCAAUCUGGGUUAGAAUAUUCUAGACUACUACUUUUAGGAUCUAUGGAUCCUUGGAGUGUUGAAGCUUCUCAUUAUCGAAAUAUUGCCACAGAGAAUGGGAAGAAACCCAGCGCGUGGUUUGGAGCUUAUGACUCCUAUACACCUAUGAAUAUAGAUGAGUAUCGGAAAAAACUUCGGAGAUAUAUUGAAGUGAAUGAAAAUUAUAUGAAUAAAACCAGUGAGGCAUGGAAAUUGGGGAAAGUUUUGGAUUAUCAAAAAUAUUCUCUGGUGUAUGAUAAAAUGGUGAAACAAAACCAAGCGUUAACAGAUGAUUUAUUGAAAGGAAGAUUGAAAGAUAUGACUGAAUUAAAUAAAGCAGAAAGAUUGGAUGGCAUAUUGGAGGGAUCAAGUGAUGUUCAAGUAGUUGAAGACAUACCAACUAUUCACUUGGGAAACCAUAAACUAGAUUCGGAUGAUGAUUUAGAUUUUGUUUGGGGUUAUGUCAAUCCAUGGGAGGAAUUAAAUGGAGGGGAGACCAUCAUUCGAUUAUUUCCAAGAUCUCUUGAACGAGUUGAUGAAUUACUGGCAUCUACAGAAGAAAAUCCCGAAGACCACGAGAAAACUCAAACGAAGACUCAAACGGACAUUAUUAUUAACGAAGGACGGAAGUAG